AUGAUAACAUCAGAAGAAUCUGAUUCCGUGAGCACUGUUCAAUCUGAUGGGCAUCCUGAAGAUGUAUCAGGAACGGAGGAGACUCCAUCGUCCAUGGUAUCAAGCGAGGCUGAGUCCGAGGGCAGCAUUAUAUCUGAACAACGUCCACAUGAUGCUGAACCACCGCUAACCAAUGAUAAUAGCAUCACCGAUACUAAUACCUUGCAAGAUAGAUCAGCACCAACGCUCACUGCUAGUGAUUGGCGGAAUGUGGGCAAUACUUUGGCAUCAAUUGUAUCUACCAGAGGCUCAAUGUUGCCCUGGGGCCCGCACAAAGGUCCAGUUAUACCACCGAUGGAAUCGGACCUCCGUCCCGGGGAAUAUGUUAUGAGAUUACUAUUCACCGAGUUCACAGUCCAAGCUGAAAGGAAGAUGGAGGCUGUGAUGGCAGAACCACUUGAGAAACCAUUGAAUAAGACUCUACAGCGAGGCGAGGACCCGCAACUUGAUCAGAUACUGUCUGCCUUCGGAACGGUGGCCGAGCACUGUCUCCCAUCGCUGCUGCGCGCUCUAUUCGGCUGGCUCGAGCGUCAAAUGGCCGAUUCGCCCCAGCUUAAUGAACAAACCAAAAAACCCCAUCAGGAUCAACGCAAUAAAAGCAUAAUUUACAUAGUGUCGGGGAGCAGCGGCGCGGGCACUGAGGCGGUGGAGCGCAGCUGCGAGGAGUUGCAGGCCGAGAGGCGCGACCUGGCCGUCGAGUUCCUCUUCUGCCUCGCCCUCAUCGAGGUGCUCCGCCAGCUGCCCUUCCACCCUGGCCACGAGGACCUAGUCCACUAUAUAGAGACGCUCGCCUUUAAGCGGUUCAAUUACAAGGAGGGGCUGCAGUCCAACCCGAACGCGGCGAACGUGCACAUAAUCGCCGACCUGUAUGCUGAGGUGAUCGGCGUCCUGGCGCAGUCGCGGUUCGCCUCAGUGCGCAAGCGGUUCACCGCAGAGCUCAAGGAGCUGAAGAGCCGCGAGCCGUCUCCUCACACGACGCAGAGCAUCAUAUCGCUGCUGAUGGGCAUGAAGUUCUUCCGCGUGAAGAUGGUGCCCAUCGAGGAGUUCGAGGCGUCGUUCCAGUUCCUGCAAGAGUGCGCCCAGUACUUCCUCGAGGCGAAGGAGAAGGACAUCAGGCACGCGCUCGCCGGCCUCUUCGUGGAGAUCCUGGUGCCAGUCGCCGCCACGGUUAAGAACGAAGUGAACGUGCCAUGCCUGAAGAAUUUCGUGGAGAUGCUAUAUAGCCAUACACUAGACGCCAGUACUAAGUCGAAACAUCGGUUGGCGCUGUUCCCUCUGGUCACGUGUCUGCUGUGCGUCUCCCAGAAACAGUUCUUCCUCGCCAACUGGCACUGUUUCCUCGCCAUGUGCUUGUCUCACCUCAAGAACCGCGAUCCGAAGAUGUGCAGGGUGGCACUCGAGGCGCUAUAUCGUCUUCUCUGGGUGUACAUGAUUAGAAUCAAAUGCGAAAGCAACUCUGCGACCCAGUCGAGGCUGCAGAGCAUCGUCAACUCGCUGUUUCCGAAGGGAUCAAAGGGCGUGGUCCCCCGCGACACCCCGCUCAACAUCUUCGUGAAAAUCAUCCAGUUCAUCGCGCAGGAGCGGCUGGACUUCGCCAUGAGGGAAAUCGUAUUCGACUUGCUCAUGGUGGGGCGGCCGAUCAAGAUUAUCAUGACUCCGGAGAGAAUGUCCAUCGGACUGCGCGCGUUCCUUGUGGUCGCGGAUAGUCUCCAACAGAAGGAGGGCGAGCCCCCCAUGCCCAGGACCUCGGGCACCUUACCCUCGGGCAACACUCUCAGGGUGAAAAAGACCUUCCUCAACAAAAUGCUGACCGACGAGACGGCUCGCUCUAUCGGAAUGAGCGCCUACUUCCCGUAUGUGAGGCGGGUUUUGGUGGAGAUCCUGAGGGCCCUAGACGCUCACUAUGGAAGGCCGCUCAUGUUGACUAAUACUCAAAAUGUGACGAAAGAGCAGGAGAUAAACACGGGUGAGAGGAAGCCGCGAAUAGACCUCUUCAGGACUUGCGUUGCCGCUAUACCAAGACUUAUACCUGAAGGAAUGAGUUCGAGUGAACUAGUGGAUCUCCUAUGUCGACUAACGGUUCAUAUGGACGAGGAGCUCCGUGGUCUUUCCUUUCAAAGUCUUCAGACCCUGAUCGUGGAUUUCCCCGAAUGGAGGCAGGAUGUGCUAGCUGGCUUCACACAGUUUCUUGCUAAAGAAGUGCAGGAUACUUCGCCACAGCUGGUGGAGAACGGCUUGAGAAUGCUCCUCCAAUUAAUAACGAGCUGGAAGAACGGUGAACCGGUGAAUAACGGCGCGGCGGUGCCGCUCAAGCAGGAGCCCCUCGCAUCGGUCCUGAGGGGGGCGGAGGCCUUGGGGCUGGUGAUGCUGUGUCAGUGUAAGGCGUACCCGCGACGAUUGGCCGUUCACAUUCUGAGGGAGAUAAAGGUGCUUCUGGACAAGCUGCAGCUGACCCGCGAGGAGCCGGCGCUGAUAGAGGCGGCGGACGCGCACGUGGCGCAGCUGGCGGAGAAGUGCCUGCCGCUGCUGCCGCCCGCCGAGAAGCAGGCGGUGCUCGCGGCCGGCCAGCUGGACCUCGCGUGGCUGGCGGAGCGCUCGCACAACGUGUGGACCGCAGGAGUCCAGCACGACGAGACGUCGAACAAGAACAGCUGGAGCGGCAGCUCGACGAGCGGCGCCGACCCGUGGGAGGUGGUCCUGUUCGGGCUGCUGGAGAAGAGCCGCGUGCCGGCGCGCUGCCCCGCCACCGUGCUGCAGGCCUGGCCCAUCCUGCACGCGCGCAUACACGCCCUCUACACAAUCAUAGAGCCGGCACCUGUGAAUGACAACCGUGCAUCACUGCUCUCCCGCGGACCAGCAUUGCCUAGAAAGCCGGAAAAGGAGAGAGAUGGAUAUAUGCAAGUGUGGAAGUACUACAUGACUAUGGCAUACUUGGUGGUGCCAGCCGUGCCAAGUCCAGUGAUCCGCUGUGCCAGCCCCGAUUUAAGUCUCAGUAACACGGAGCCGGAGGGCUGGCUGGGCGCGGCUGCCCUCAGCUCCUCGAGCGAGAGCCUCAACGCGCCCGGCGGCUUCUUCACGCUGCCCUUGAGCUAUGCGCGCGCCCACAGGCACCACAAGCGGACGAGCUCGUCGCCGGACUCGCUGAGCGAGCGCAGCGGCGGCGAGGCGCGCGCGGCGCACGCGUCGCCCGGCGCGCUGCACAAGCUGGCCGUGCCGCUGGUGCGCUGCGAGGUGGCGGAGGUGCGCGACGCGGCGGUCGCCGCCUGCGGACACAUCAACCCCGACGCGCUCAAGGAUCUGUUCGAGGAGUUGCUGCCCAUUCUGCGCGAGGCGGUGGACCGGAAGCAAGAAAACAUGCGCCGGAGGCGGCGGAGGGACGCGCUCAGGCUGCACCUCAACAAGAUGCUGCUCAUCAUCGCCCAGCGGAACACCUUCUCCUCCAGCAGUUUCGCGAUGGAGGGCGGCGGGCUGGUCUCGGCCAUCGGCGAGUACCUGGACGGCGUGCGGCAGUGCCUCGAGGUGGAGGCGGAGAAGGACGCGCCGGCGGCGCGCGAGCAGCGGCUCACGUUCGCCGACCUCCUCACCGAGCUGGUCAAGUCCUUCCCGAUGGAGAUGUAUGGAUCGCUGAUGAAGAAGGAGCUGAGCCGGGGGCUGUUCUCGCUGUUCGCCGGCUGGUGUGGACCCCUGUCGAGGCACCUGGGCCCUCUGCUGGCGCAGCCCCAACAGCCACCCCUGGAGGUCGACGAGCGCCUCAACCUCUCAGCGCUCAAGGCGAUGAGCGCUCUCGUGUGCUGCGGCCCGUGCUUCGCGCCCAACGCCCUGGCGGAGGACGGCGCCCUCUAUCCGUGGCUGAGCGAGAUGCUCUCCUCGCCCAACGACAAGAUUUACGAGAUGGCCCGCGAAACGAUCGUGCUACUUUUGGACUGCAACCCCGACAUCGGCCCACUGCUGGACUGGACCGUGGACAAGUGCUACACGGGCCCACCGCGCGUCGCAGAUGGCUGCUUCAUGGCACUAGCCACUAUAUUCAGUGCGAGGGAGUACCCGUGCGACCACUACACGGCGAUCAUCAACGUGACCCUCAUGUGCACCGGGUGCCCGCGGGCGCCCGUCCACGAGAGCGCCCUCCAGUUGCUGCAGCUGCUCGACAAGCGCUUCUUCGGCGCCGUGGGCCCCCUGCCCGCCGACGACGAUGCCGGUGAGUACCACCACCACCACUACCACCAUAAUGGAUAUACCGUACUUGAAAGG